CGCCGUCGUUGCCGAGGACGUCGUCUGGCUUUCUCGUGAACGCGAUGCUUCGCACUGCGUCUGCACGCGCACUUCCCCGUCACCCACUAUCGUCAGGAUUCGCUGUUCGCCGUGCUGCGUCGUCCGCGGCUCAACAACCUGCACCUUCCUACGCUCCUACAGCGGCCUAUGCCUCACUCUUCGUGGUAUCAACGGGUCUCUUUGCGGUCUACUACCUCGACUGCCGCGCGUCCUUGCACAAAUACAUCGUGACCCCGGUGCUACGCUACACGCUCGAUCCUGAGGCAGGCCACCGGCUUGCGGUCAGGGUGCUUGGGUCCGGCCUUGCUCCCCGCGACUCCUUUCCGGAUGACGAGGUUUUGAAAUCCGAGCUCUGGGGUGAGGAGCUCUCCAGCCCGGUCGGCCUGGCAGCCGGAUUUGACAAGAACGGCGAAGCUAUCGACGGCCUGUUCAACCUGGGCUUCUCCUGGGUGGAGAUUGGUAGCGUUACGCCAAAGCCUCAGCCGGGCAACCCCAAGCCCCGCGUGUUUCACCUGCCAAACGACGACGCGCUUAUCAACCGGUAUGGGUUCCCGUCGGACGGACAUGCUGCCCUGCUCGGUCGCCUUCGUGCACGGCUCCCGUCGCUCCUUCCUUAUUCCUCGGCGGCGGAAGCGGACGACCCUCUCCAUGGCGCGCAACACGCGUCACUAUAUCCGGGCAAGUUGCUCGCUGUGAACCUGGGCAAGAACAAGUCUUCCCCUCCGGACUCCAUUGCGGACUUCGUCACUGGGGUGCGCACUUUUGGCCCGUACGCCGACGCGCUGGUCGUGAACGUGUCGAGUCCGAACACCCCUGGGCUCCGAGGCAUGCAGAGUCGCUCUCUGCUGCAAGAACUGCUUGCUGGGGUUACAGCUGCACGAGACGAAGUCACUACCGCCUCAGCACACAGCCGUCGACCAAAGAUCCUCCUCAAAAUCGCCCCCGACUUGACCGAAACCGAGGUCGCGGACAUAGCCGCUGCAGUACUCGCGACUUCUGGCGUGGACGGCGUGAUUGUGAGCAACACGACCGUGCGGCGCCCCACGGGCGUGUCAGAUCCGAACAAGUUCGAGCAGGGCGGGCUCUCCGGGCCCCCGCUGAAGCCAUACGCGCUCGCCACCCUGCGCACCCUGCGCGCCCUCCUCCCGGCCUCCGUCCCGCUCAUCGGCUGCGGCGGAAUCGCCUCUGGGGCCGAUGCGCUCGAGUACGCGCGCGCAGGCGCGUCCGCGGUCCAGCUGUACACGUCGUUCGGGUAUGGCGGCCCGGGGGUCUGCCGGCAGGUCAAGGACGAGCUCACGGCGCUCCUGCGGCAGCAGGGCACGACGUGGGCGCAGGUCGUGCGCGAGUCGGUCGCGCAGCGCAGCUUGAAGGACGCGCCGAAGGAGAAGGGGGUGGAGGUGCCGCGCGAGCCGAGCGUAAGGCUGCUGGUGGAGGAGGCGGAGGAGCUGAAGCGGCUGCUGGAUGAGCUGGGGACGCGGAUUGAGAAGGGGGCGGAGGGCGUGAGUAUCGCGGGGGAUGCGCAGUACGUCGCUGUAACUCCCAGUCCGACUGAUUCAUGACAGCCGGAAUGAAUCGAGUUAUUCGUGUGGAGUACGCGAGCUGGCAUAAGCGUGCACCCCACAUUUCUGGAGGUAACAAGGGCGCGUCCUCGCUAACUUAUCAUAGCUCGGGUAUGCGUCCGCAAACGCCUAUACGCAUCUUUUCCAGAAAGCGGGCGCACUCGAAAGGGCUGCGCUUGAGGUACGCAGCGUUGAGCGUAUUGCCUAUACCAGAUUUUGUCGUGCUUGUACUCAUCGCAAAUAUUACACACAGAAUACCCCGUUUAUGCCAAACCGAUGAUCUAUAGCCCCAGAACCGCCCGAGAGAAUGUCCAAGAGAACCGUCAU